GUUGCACGACAUUUUUGCCGUAACAGAACAUCUAUAAUCGCAUUACUUGUAUUCAUUCAUCCACUUUAUAUAAUCACAUCCACCUCCAACCACCUCCAGCCACCUCCAUUUCCUCCAUCCACCUCAUCCACUGCAUACGUUCCUUUCCAGCAUCUAAGAACUCGACGAUAAUACCUGUAACAGGUCAAGGGUCAAGAUGGUGGUCACGGUCAUUGCUCCUCACGAUUUACAUCGAAACAGUCCAUCCAACGCUGCUGACGCUUUGAGCUCUGGCUUGUCGCCCAUCUCCUUCGACCAGCGGGAUCGUGGCCACAACACAGGCUACAAGUUGAGUCCUGAAUCCAGUGCUGUAAUAUCUUCGCCACCGCAGCCGACCCACAUGUCGCUCCCUAGACGGAGCGAUACCUUCCCACCUUCCUUAGAAAGCGACGAAUUAGACCAUGCCGGCCCAUCGCACGCUACGUCGAGACCCAUACCGCCACCACCAAACCCAAGGAGACAUCGGUCUGGGAUUUUAAUGUCGCGUGUAAGAGCAGCGAGUGGAUCAUCAAUCAAGAUGAAAUCCGCAGUAUCGGGAAGCAAGAGCCACGGUGAUCUUAUGUCAGUGGUCGAAAGGAUUGACGAUGAUCUUGUUGAGGAUGACGAAAUGGAAGAGUUGGACGAGGAAGCUGAUUUUGAUAAGGAUGAAUCACUCCGGAGAAGACGGUUACGCGGAAGGAGCAAUGAUGGAUGGAAGAGGAUAGUUAGCGAAGGCGGCCGACACGAAAGCACAGAUGAAGGUGGUGAGGCAUCUUUCUGGGACAAUUCCGCACGAUACUAUCAUCACCUGCAUUCACACCCGUCCUCCCGCACUGGCUCCAUCACUGCAUCCCCUGAACCUUCCCCCGUUGCCUCACACUCAGCUUCCCCGAUUAUCGUUCCACGCAGCUUGUCUUUGCCACAACACGGCAUUGGUCCCCCAUUGCAAGGAACUUCGAAAUCUCUAUCUCCAAACCAGCAAUUUUUACAAUCACGUCUACCUCCCACAUUUCCUAAUUGCCCCAAUGGGACGGUUCAAGAAACCAAUUUCCAAGAACACUUUUGUCCAGCAGCUAUGGUAUUCACUCCCACGACACAAGAGUGGAAGGACUUUCAAGCCAUGCCCGAAUGGAAAACAUUGCAUGAGUCGAAAGAAGAAACAAGUUUUAGUGGCGGCAGUAGCGAAGAUGCAGCCCAGAACCAACAUAGUCGGCACGCAAGUCUCGAGAGCGAUUCUGACAAGUUCCUUUCGGCGCGACCUGCUCUUCGCUCAACGAUCUCAGCAGAGUAUCUGGGCCCCGAAGACUAUCAUACUCCUGAUCCCGGUUCUCCAUCUGGCAAGAGUGGUGAAAUUGAUGAUUCUGCCAAACCAUCAUUUAAACCCAACAUCAUCUCAGCAAGCCCCAUCAUUUAUCCCACAGACAGAAUGGCGAGCUCGGUGGUACCAUUCGAUUUUUCGUCUACAGCUGAAGAGUCGCAACUUCCUGACGGUCGUAUAAUGAGCCAUGGUGCUCUUGGGCUGGAAAACACAGCGCCAACUUUGAGCAGUAAUGAUCAUGUCGUACGCAACUCUGACCAUCCUCCCCCGCCUGUCAGAUGGAACAGUAUUGGCAAUCGUGACUCAUUGCGUGCAGUACAUGGACCCGAAGCUCCGACCUUACCGCGUACUAAAACGAAACGUGAACUGGAAAGGGAGAAGCUAUUAAAAAUGGUGGACGAAGAAUUGGAGGCAGAAAAUCAACUAUCGAAGAACGACGGUUGGGGCGGCGGCGUGCAACAGAUUGGAAAUGGGUUAGGGUUGGACCACGUGAAGAGUAACAGUACAGGUAAUAUACAAUCUGUGAAGCUUGUUGAGGAAGAGAAAGGACCAAUACCAGAUGUGAGGAUUGAUCCUGAUGCACUGGAGAGACCGAGUUCGGCCGAUCCUUUGGAGAACAGUAAGCUUGGAAUGCAGCCACCUAAUCCGUUUGACAGCGGAUUCGGCCAAGCUCAAAGCAAGCUCAACCAAAAGGCUUCUCUUUCCCCCACUCAUCCGUUCAAGCCCUCGCCGCUCAAUGCGGAGCCUAUAGUGGCUGAGGAUGCCCAUUCUAUUCCUUCAACGACUUCUGUUACUCCUCACGAUACGACUCCUACAGGUGAAAUUCCUCCACCGAUUUUUCCCGAACCGCCGGCAACGUCUCUUGACAGUAUUCGGGACUAUGCUCGGGGUCUAGCGCCGCCUGGCUCACCUAGAACUGGAGACGCAGUACCGCCCAAGUCACCACGUUCUACCCGUAAAAGGGAUACCAAUCGUGUCAGUCUCGUUGCCGGUAGGGUGGUUCAACCCUUUACUCUUCCGGCAUCGACCUCUCUUCCGGCAUCCUCUAAGCCACCCGAAAGUCCUUCACUUCAGGCAUUUUCCCCUUUUCGUUCACCCGCCCUAUCCCGCCCCUCCAGCGCCACGUUACAGCAUCAUUCAUUCUCAAGGCUUGAUUCUACUCUC